AUGUUUUUGAAGUUACUAAAGCGUUCUGCUUCAUUGGACGAUUACUUUUACUGUGUGCCUCGACUGUGCUUGGGUGCCAUGGGUUAUUGGCCAAGUGCAGUUAGGUCCUUAAGUGCCAAUUUGUGGGCAACUACAAAUUUCAUAGUACUUUUUAUUGGUGUUUUCACAGAGUUACAUGCUGGCUUCACUGCGUUGAAAUAUGAUAUCGAGCUAGGAUUAGACACGCUCUGUCCAGCAGGUACUUCAGCUGUAACUUUGCUAAAAAUGUACUUAAUAUAUUGGCAUCGAAAUGACUUGCAACUUACAGUUGAACGUUUACAUUAUUUACUAUACCAUACCAACAAAGCUAAGCUGACAACCAACAAAAGGAAUAUCAUGGGAGCUUCAAGUCGUUUGGCAACUGGACUGGGGCUUACUACUUUUGGCAUGGGCUUGCUUACUUCAACUACAUACAAUUUAAAACCACUUUUUGAGGCGUGGAUUUCACAUAGACAUGGCAGCCGUUUUGUAUGGAGGACACCUUUUAAUAUGACAUUACCAGCGGGUCUUCUAAAGUUUCCGUACUUUCCGCUAUCAUAUAUAUUUACUGCUUAUACUGCUUAUGUUACCGUGUUUAUGUUCUCAGGUUGCGAUUCUUUUUAUUAUGAGUCCUGCUCCAACUUCGCCUUGUUACUUAAAAUAUUACAAGAAGAUAUUAAAAUGGUAUUCGACGGACUUAAAUCAAAAGUAGUAUCUACGGCAGUUGAGGCUGAACGACUUGAAGAAGAAUUAUUUAAGAUUAUCAAACGACAAAAUGAGAUAAUGGAAAUUACAACUUUAUUUCGAAAUUGUUAUAUAACAAUGACGUUAGCGCAUUUUGUUUCCGCCAGCAUGGUUAUUGGUGCAAGUCUCUUCGAUGUGCUAUCCUUCUCUGGAGUAGGUAGAUUCGUUUAUAUAGCCUACACAAUUGCUGCAUUAUCACAGUUGUUCAUAUACUGCUAUGGUGGAACAAUUGUAGCAGAAAAUAGCACUCAAAUAGGCACUACUAUAUUUUGUAGUGAUUGGCAUCUUUGUAAUCCGAAAAAUCGUCGCUUGUUAUCACUAAUGAUACUGCGAUCGCAACGUCCAAUAACAAUGGCAGUACCCUUCUUUAAUCCAUCGCUUGUUACAUUCGCAUCGAUAUUACAAGCAGCAGGAUCUAUUAUUGCUUUGGCUUCAUCAUUUCAAUAA